AUGCCCCUUGCUGCCAGUUGCAGCAUGGCAGUCAGCGCUGCAUAUCAUCCUCCACCUGGCGAUGACAAUGGCCUCAAGCCUGUUAUGUGGGGCGAGAUCCCGGCAACACAACUCGACCGUGCAAAAACAAGCAGCGAAUCGGAUAAUGAAGAGGAAACAAUGCGCUCUGCGUCCAACCUGAAUACAAGAGACCACGGGUCAGAUAACGAGGAUUCAAACUCGGACUGA